AUGGAGUCGGCACAAAAGUCGUGGGAGACUGAAAACGCCAUCAAGCUUGUCGAUGUCUAUCGCAAUGGCCUGUAUUGCUAUGACGCCGCGGCCUCCCAGUCCAUUAUGUCUGCCAAACCUUGGUCAAAGGAUCCCCACUACUUCACAAAUAUCCGUAUCUCCGCCGUCGCCCUCCUAAAGAUGGUCAUGCACGCUCGGUCUGGUGGAAGCCUUGAAGUUAUGGGUCUUAUGCAAGGCUACGUGUUGGCUAACACGUUUGUUGUUACUGACGCAUUUCGUCUUCCUGUCGAAGGAACCGAAACGAGAGUCAACGCUCAGGAUGAGGCUAACGAAUAUAUGGUUUCCUACCUGCAGUCGUGUCGGGACUCGGGACGGAUGGAAAAUGCGAUCGGGUGGUACCACAGCCAUCCAGGGUAUGGAUGCUGGCUUUCUGGCAUUGAUGUGUCUACCCAGGAUACCCAACAGACCUAUAGUGAUCCUUUCGUUGCUGUAGUAAUUGAUCCAGAUCGCACAAUCUCGGCGGGAAAGGUUGAGAUUGGAGCUUUUAGGACAUACCCUAAUGGGUACAAGCCAUCGAACGCCGAUCAUGACGACGAAGAGUACCAAAGUAUCCCACUCAAUAAAGUGGAAGAUUUUGGCACGCACGCGUCGCAAUAUUACUCCCUUGAAAUUUCACAUUUCAAAUCUACCCUUGACACCAAUAUACUCUCCCUAUUGUGGAACAAAUAUUGGGCUGCAACGCUCAGCCAAAGUCCACUAUUUUCAAACCGUGAUUUUACGACUAAACAGAUGGCAGAUCUCGGCGAAAAAAUAAAGAAGGCUACCAAAUCUAUCGAGAGUGGCAAUCAACGGGAGGAUGUUUUAAUUACCAAGGACCCUCCACUAGAGAAAGUGAUAAAGGAAGGGAAUAGAAUCGUAGGGGAAGAAAUAACAGGUCUUAUGGCAGCGGAGAUCAAAAGAGAAUUGUUCCAUGGUGUCGGACACCAGGCAGCGGGGAGAUUUUAA